AUGAAAUGGGGAGGCCAUUCUUGCACCGCUGAUGGACUUGAAAAUGGCCGCGACGUUUACUGGUGCGAUGGGUGGACUAUAGAACGAAUUGCUUUUGGCGAUCGCGGAUGGACGGCACAUGCAACUGACAGCAACAAGUACGCGUGGAGCAACACCGCUGAUACCGAACUGCUUUGUCUUGGUGAUAAUGGGGAACUCAGAAGGUUUUUUCCUUGGGGAGGUGAGCAGCUAGAGCUUUAUCUACGACACGAAGGCUCAAUCGAGAAACUACAACCCUGCGCCAGCCACGAUUGCUCCGACAAUGAGUUCUGUUCUAACAAUGAAGAUGGAUCCUCCUUCACUUGUAUUCCUCGGCCAACGACGACGCCAUCGACAACAACGACGAUUUCUUCCGAAGGAACAGUUUGGUUCGUCCAGUACGAAAUGAUUACCGAUUACGUUGAGGCUAAAGAUAUGUGCCGAAAAAUUGCCGAAAUCAAGUACCUGAUUAAGCAGUGGAAUCUCCACAAGACCGAGUACCUCGGUUUCUUGACCUUUGGCCAGUUCUUCUGUGGCUCCGAUUUUCUAAAAGCCAUCGAUGAUGGACGACUCCGCAUUGAUUUUACGGACAAUCGACCUGUCUACGCUUAUUCUGGCCAGACCGCCUACAAGGAGAACGGAAACUUUUCCAAGAAGACUCUUCAGUUCAUCGCCCGAGGUUCUGACGCCGCUAUUUGGGGAGUUGGAAAACAUUCCUGGGUCGACAUUGUCUUCGUCCAGAUCCACGGAAUCGACAUUGUUGACUGGCAAGGCAAAGACAUCGAAAUGUGCUUCGAAAAAGCACGAAUCGGUUUCGAAAAAGACGCCACCGCCUAUGCCGAAGCCGUCAACAACGACGUCAACUAUGCUUCCUGCGUCGUCAACGCCUGA